AUGAACGAUAAUAAUGAUGAAAGCAAAUGUGGUGGAAUAAAAAAUAUAUUGGAAAGGAUAAAAGAAAGUGAAAAUACGAAAGAUAAAUUUAUUAACAUUUUAAAAUUGACAAAAAAUAUAAAUGAAUUGAAAGAAAAUGAUAAAAUAAAUGUUUUAAAAGCUAUAGACCCUGAAUUUCUUUGUUUAUUAUUACGGUCAAAAAAUGAAUUUAAAUUAUUUACUAUUCGUCUAAUUAAUAGUUUAGUAUCAAAUUCAACAUGUACAUUUUUAAAGAGAUGUAUUCCUUAUGUUAACUCUAUUAUUUAUUAUUAUUUAAUUCAUAUAAAAAAUGUAAAUAAAAAAUUAAAAGGGUUUGAAAAAAAAACAGAUAGCCAAAAUGAUAACACACACGAUAAUUAUCAAAAUGAAGAAUAUGAUGUAUUUGAAGAUGAAUAUGAUAUAAAAGAUAUAAAUAUUCUAUAUUUUGAAUCUUUAACUUUUUUUUUAAAAAUUGAACCUUUUUUAAAAAAUGAAUAUUUUAUUAAAACAACAUAUGUUAACUACGAAGAUAAUGAUAUUGAUGUUGAUGUGGAAAUGUAUUUUUUUAAAAAAAAACUAAAAAAAAAAUAUAUUGAAGAAAAUAACAAACAAGAUUUAAAUUGUCAACAAAUAAAUUCAGGAUCUGAAUUAGAGGAACAAUCUGAUUCAUCAUUUUUUAAAGACAAUAAUGAAAAUAAUAAUUUAAAGGAAGAUGAUGAUUUUUGUUUUAUAAAUGAACAAAUUUGUAUAAUAGAGUUAAUUUUUGAUAUUUUAAAGGAAAACAUUUCAAUACAAGUUGAAAAAAAAAGAGAAACCAAAAGAGAAGAAAAACAAACAUCUUUACAUGACGAGUGUGGAGAAAAAAUAAGUCCCGAAAAUGGAAAUCCCGAAAAUGGAAAUAACGAAAAUGUGAUAAAAAAAAAUAUUGAGGAUUUAAAUUUUGAAAACAUAUUAUUAACAAAAGAUAAUAUAAAUAUUUCCUUACUUUUUUUAAAUAACAUAAUUUUGAAAAUUAAUUACAUAAAAUUUAUAAAAGAAUAUUUUAAUUUAUUAAAUAAAAUAAUUGAAAAUUAUGGAGAAGAACAUAUUAUAAAUACAGCAAUAAAUUGCUUAACAAAUUUAAAUAUAUAUAUAAAAAAUAAAAAAAUUCAAAAUGUCUUAAAUAAAAAUCAAAUAUAUAAAUUUUAUGCAAAUGUUAUUUAUUUAUUUUCAGAAAUAAAAAAUAUAAAAGAAAAAAAAAAUUUAUAUAAAUUAUAUUCAACAAUAUAUCCUUGCUUAAAUUAUAAAUAUAAAAAUAAAAUAUCAUUGGAUAUUUUUAAAACACCUUUGUCUUAUAUGAAUGUAGAAUUAUAUAUUUUUUUUGAAGAUAUUAUAAAAUAUUUAAAUAAUGAAAAAAAAUAUAAUUUUAUUUUUCUUAACAACCAAUUUGAUGGUGUGAUACAACUAAUAUGCAACAACAUUUAUAAUGUCGUAAAUUUUUUAAAUCAAUGUAAUUUUGUUACAGAUAAAUAUCGUUUAAGAAAAGAUGUAGAAAAAUGUUCCACGGAAGAAAGCCAUGCCCCCCAAAUUGACGCAGCCCCCGUUGAAAAUGCUGAAAAUGUUGAAAAUUGUGAUAGUGGGCGUGAUAGUGGGCGUGAUAGUGGGCGUGAUAGUGGGCGUGAUAGUGGGCGUGAUAGCGGGCGUGAUAGUGGGCGUGGUAGUGGUAGUGAUAGUGGGCGUGGCGGCAAAAUGGAAGCAAAUGAUGUUUACAUAAUCAUGACAAAAAUAAAGAGAUCGAUUGAAUUAUUAGUAGAAUUUUUUAAAGACAUAAAAAAUAUAUUUAAGCCUUGUGAUAAAAAUUGUGAAAAAUUUAUUGUUUUUAAAAAAAGAUUCAAUAAAGAAAUGAAUUCUUUAAUAUGCUUAUUUUGUAAUUAUUUAAUUUGUGAAAAUGUGCAUUAUAUUGGUGAUUUUAUAAAUUUAUUGGAAUUAUUUACUAUUUGUUUAGAAGAAGAUAAUUUUUUUUAUUUAGUAAUGGUUAUAAAACAUAUUGAUACAGAUCGUUAUUAUAAUAAUAAGCAAUUUUUAACAAAACUUUUUUUUUAUAUUUUUAAUAUUAAUAUGAAAAAUAUUAUACAUAUAAAUAUUCUGUUUAAUUUAUUUAAUAAAUGUACAUAUAAUGUAAUAGAUUUUAUACAAAUAAGCACACAAGAUUGUAACAUAAAUUGUGUUAAUAAUAUAUAUAACAAAUUUAAACAGAAUGCAAAAAAGGAAUAUAAUUUAAUUCAAAUUUCACACAUUCCAAUAGACAAAUUAAAUAAUAUAUCUUUUGUUUAUUUAAUAUCACAAGAUGAAUAUAAUAAGAAAAAUAAUAAAGAAAAUCUAGAAAAUAUUAUUAAAUUUUCGAAAAUUUUUUUUAUUUAUUACUAUUUUAAUAUUCUACAUAAAAAUGAAGAGAACGUAUUAUCUGAAAAUUUUGAUAUAUUUAAAGACAAUUAUUUUAAUAUAAAUAAUAAUUAUAUACAAAAAAAUCAACAAACAUUUUUUCUUUCUAUAAAACUAUUGUUAACUAUUUCGUCUUUAAUUUUUAUUCGAUUCGAUCCAUAUAUAGUAACUUCUAUUCUGGAUACCCCUGAAAUGUUCUUUAUACAGGACUGUUUAAUCAUAUCCCUCUUUAAUUUGAAAGGUUUAAAAGAUGAUAAAAAAGAUAAUGAAUUAAUGAAGAUAAAUAAAAAGAGAGAGAAGUAUUUUUUAAAAACAUUGAAACUAGUUUAUUUCCUUUUGUAUUAUAAUCCUUAUUUUGUUUCAUUAUUUAUUUUCCGUUUAAAACAAGCAAAAGAGGUUAAUAAUAAUAUAUCUUUUGAAAUUAAAAAUACAAAAAUAGCAAAAGAAUAUCACAUUUCUAUAUGUGCAGUUUUAAACAAAUUAAUAGAAAACUAUGUUUAA